UUUACAGUAAAUAAUCACAAAAGUUUCUAUUGUUGAUGACACAUCCCAGCUGUAAGGACACACAUAUUUUAUUCUAUUCCAACCAAUGGGAAUUUAGCCAGAAAUUUUAGUGGGCAGGGGGUCCUUGGGUUGAUCUUUGCUUCAAUGACAGAAACUGUACGAAAUGUUAUUUUAGUUCAGCAUUAGUUUUCAUUUAUCGGUGAAAAUGGAGAAAUGGAUAAUUCGCAGUAAGAAACCCAAGUUAGGUGAAAGUGGCAGUAAUGAACCAUGUACAACUGUAAGUAAAAGUGAAACAAUUGUAAGUUCCAUCCACUGCAACGAAGACGAAACCACUGUAUGUGUGAAUACAGCGGCAAUAGAUAACAGCGUGACUCAAAAUCAGGUGCAUGAAAAUGACGUUAAUUAUUUCCCUAAUUACUGGGCACAAGAUCAAUGGCUAGAAAAAUUGAAAAUAUACGAGUGGUUGACAAUUAGUAAACAAGGGCUAGGCAGUACAACAUGUAAAUCAGUGGGAACUCUAGGGCCUGCAAAAACACAAAGUUUGAAAUUAUCUAGUGAGUGGUGUGAAGGUGGGGUCAAGGAAUAUGGUGAAACAAAAGAGAAGAAACAACAGUCGAUUAGGAAGAAACUGUCUUGUCAUAAACUAUCGGCAGCUCAUGUUAAAGCUAGUGACAUUUUAUGCCUUGCUAAAAAAGAAACAAUUGAAUGUCUGAAUGUUAAAACACAAGAAAAACAAUACAUUACAACUUGUCGCAUAUUUAGGACAGCUUAUCAAAUAGUGAAAGUGAACCGUCCCAUGACAGAUUUAGCAGCUUUGAUUGAUUUACAAGAACUAAAUGGUUUAGCUAUGGGGCGUAUCUUGCAGUCUAAUCAUGCGUGCACUGAUAUUUGUGAUCAUAUAGCAGAUGAAAUGAGAAAGAAACUUGUUAAAUAUAUUAUUGAUAAUGAUCUUAAGAUAGGUUUCAUGAUCGAUGAGACUUCUACUCGAAGUAAAAAACAAGCUCUUGUAAUCUGUUUACGUUGCAAACUGCCUGAUUCCAUGGAUGCGAGUAGUUAUUUUUUGAUAUAGUGGAAUUAGAAAAUACUACAGCUUCAACGAUCAGGGACACCUUUCUCAACAUUAUCAAGAGUAACGGAUUUCACCGUGACUUUUUAUCACGAAAUUGGAUUUCAUUUGCUUGUGAUGGGGCCUCUAAUUUACUUGGAAGGCAUGCAGCUGUUGCACAACUUUUGCUCCAAAUGUAUCAAUUGAUUGUUUGGCACUGUAGUAAUCAUCGAUUAAAAAUAGCGGUGAAUGAUACAGUACGGGAAAUGUCAACAGUGUGCCACAUGCAAUCAUUUUUUGAUAA